CUUCUCUCUGUGUGUAUGUUAUUCGCCAUACACAAUGGAGAUUUUGCAGCCUGAUUCGAACGUUUUCAGCGUUCGUAUCGUCUCCAUCGACCACUACAUGGCCCCUCCGAUACCAGACCUCGACAUCUGUUACAGCAGUUUCCAAGCUGGGAAGGUGAAUGAAGUUCCUGUGAUAAGAAUUUACGGCUCAACUCCAGCUGGACAGAAGAUCUGUUUGCAUGUACAUCGAGCUUUACCUUAUUUGUACAUUCCGUGUGCAGAUUUAGUUCAGCCUGACCAAGACGGUGCUGCAUGUUCAAAUUUGAUCUCUCUUUCCCUUGAGAAGGCACUGAAGCUUAAAGGUAAAACCGGUUUAAAACGACAGCAUGUGCAUGGCUGUAGUCUUGUCCGAGCAAGGAAGUUUUAUGGGUAUCAUGCGUCGGAGGAGCUUUUUGCAAAGAUACAACUCUAUUAUCCACAUGAUGUCUCUCGUGCUGCAAAUCUUCUCCUGGGAGGUGACGUUCUAGAGAGGAGUUUACAACCCCAUGAAUCACAUAUUCCCUUUCUUCUCCAGUUCCUGGUUGACUACAAUUUAUAUGGGAUGGGAUAUCUACAUGUAUCAAAAAUGAAGUUCCGACAUCCAGUACCAGAUGCUCUUUCCCGGAGGAAGGAUGCUUACAAUGAAAACGAAGCAGUGUCAGAUAAAUCCACAUACGUGUCUUCAGAUUCAAACAGCAAUUCAGCUUUUCAUUCACCGAUUUGGAUAUCCUCCACAAUUCCAGAUGGCUGGAUGUGGGAGUUUUCUAGCCACCUCGGUUCAUCCUUUCAGGAUGUUCAUCUUGUUAAACGGCAAAGUACCUGUGAACUUGAGGGUGACACUACUGUUGAGGAUAUACUUAAUCAGCAGUUCAAAAUGUACUCAUCUCUCUCUCAAACCCGUUCAGAAGUGAAAAUGGUCCAGUCGCUAAUUCCAAUUUGGGAGGAGGAAUAUGAAAGGACUGGGAUGCAUGAUGCGGUAUUUCUCUCUGAUACUGGGAAACCACUUCCAGAAGAUGUUUUGAGGAUACUUUCGCAUGGGCUUGAAUUUGAGAAUAAGCUAAUGGAAAUGUGUAAUGAAUCAAAAAAUGAUUUAUCUUGCACUCCAUUAGAGAAGGAUGAGAGAGAUGUAGAGCUAAUAAGACCUUCACCUAAUGAGGAAAAGAAGGUUGAACUUGGACUUUGUGACAUGAAGAACGAAGGCAGAGAAGUUUUGAAGCGUUUGAUAGCAGGUAAUGAAACAGUGAUGAUGUUGCCACAGGGGUUACUGUGCAAAGACAAUGUUAACAUACCGGGAAAUGGAAAAGCUUUAUGUCCCAAACUGUUGCUCGCAGAUGACAUUCAAACAUCUCGAACUAUUGGAAGUUCAGAUGUGAAGGUCAUGGAGAAGGAAGCAUUGAGGCUUCUAAGUUGGCUUGCCUCCUCUCAGGCUGCAGAAGAUAUAAACUCCGAUGAUGAGCUUGCAUGUGAAUCCAUUUUGACUCCCUUGUUGCCUGCAACAACGAUGGAUAAGGUGCUGGAAAAAGCUAAUAUGGAUUUUGAGAGUGAAUCCCAACAGGAGUGUCAAGAUAUUCUUGAUUCUGUUGACCAUUCAAAUAAUUUUGAAGACUUGAAGGGGGGAUCUUCUUCUGCUGAUCAUAAUUAUUAUCUACGACAACCUUCACGGGAGAACAUAAUUCCCCAAGUGGAUGGGUCCGCUGAUGAUCAAAUCGCAAUUCCUACUGCUGGUAAGUCAUCGAAAGUAAAAAUGAGCAAUGAAAUUGAGCUUUUCCCUCAAGACGAUGAACAGGAAGGAAUUGGCUCAAGCUUUACCCAUAAAAGCAAGAAAAGAAAGCCAUUAUGGGGUUCUUUACCCUUUUCCUUGACUCAAAAGGUUAAUGUUGACCUCGAACCUUUUAGUAGAUGCUGCACAGAAACUGUAGAAGGUAAGUUUACAGGUUCUGGAUCUGGAAAUCAGGCGGACAGAGAUGUUUAUGACGCCCAGGAUGAAAGUAAACUAGUUGGAUCCUCUGUGCGUGACUUGAUGAGGAGAAAACGAAUGGUCAGAAAUGCUUCUUUGGAGGAGGAACAACACUACCCAAAACCCUUAGAAGAUCACAUGAUACAGAAUUGUGGGCAGGAUGAGAGGCCUCAGGAGUUUGCCAACUCUGAGCUUUCUCCAAGAACAGAGGCAACCAUAGCUCAUGAUGUUAGACAUAGCUAUCACAUUGAUGACGUUACCGCUCAAGCAUGUGGUGGUUCUACAAAAAUUACCACCUCAUUUUCUAGUAAUCCAUCAGAGUUUUUUACUUCUGCGAAUCAAAAUUCGUAUAUUUCUGUAGCCUGUUGUGAGAAUGAUGGUAUGGGAGACUCGGAAUGUGUUGAUUUUAAGGAACGCAUAACUUCUGAGGCAUGCGUUGGACGACCAGAUUUGUGUUUUCAGAUGCAGAUUUUUGAUAAUGAUGACAAACUAUGUGAUAAUGAGAGAUUGAAGCUAGGAGACAGUACUGGUAAAAGUAGUUUGUCUGCUGCUUCUUUUCAAAAGGAAAUUUUAGGUGUAGAUGAUUGUGUAUCUAAGAAUGCCCAGGAUGGAAAAACCUUGAUACCCAAGCUAUCUAAAACACCAUCUACAAACAUUGGGGUCAAGGAGCCCACAUCUGACUCAACCAUUUUACACUUUGAGAAUUGUGGUGGAGGACAGCAUGGACAAGCUGCUGACUUAUCUGUGCCUAUCAGUUCGAUUUCCUCUACUAUUGACGUUGGAACCAAUCCAAUGGAACUCAUUGGCAUGACAUUUCAUAGGAAACCCCCCAUGGUGGACCUUAAUACUCUCCAACACAUUUUGCUUGACGGAGGGGGAAGUUAUGGAGGAAUAUCAGUUCAGAGAAAACUUGUAGAUGAAAUCCUUCCUUUUUUUGAGAGCAGCUGCUUGAAAGAUGGAGAGGUGCAGAAGAAGAGCUCAACAAAUAAUGACUUAGAUCCUCACAAACGUGUCGUGGGUGUGCCUACCCACUAUCAAAAUGAUGGAUCUUACUUGUACAUGUUGACACCUGUGGUUUCACCUCCGUCUGUAGACAGUGUUUCCAGAUGGCUAUUGCACGUUGACUCAGUAGGUGAUUCAGGACAAAACUAUUAUGCUGCCUCUAUGGAGCCAUCAUCCCCAAAAGGCUCCUCUGGCAGUCAGAUCGGUUCACAAGGUUCUUGGGUAGAGAGCUGCGGGAAGCCUGUUCCAGAACCCGGCUCGGUAUCUGUCAAGUCUCCUAUUCUGGGUAAACUAAAACAACAAAUCCGUGGAGAUCUCAAUGCUGAGAUGAAUCCUUUAGUAAAGGAAGUGACAGGAAAACAGGCCCAUGGAGAUCUCAAUGGAGUAUAUCGUAGUGAAAGCCAUUCUACGAAAGGAAAAGAAUGCUCUGAUUGCUUGCUGGAUAUGUCUCAGAUUUCUGGCCCAGAUGGGAAAUCAAAGCCAACUCCUGUAAGCCAAAUUGGAUUCCGUGAUCCAGCAAGUUUUGGUGGGGGUCAGCAGCUAACAUUGCUGAGUGUAGAGGUUCAAGCAGAAUCUAGAGGAGAGUUACGACCCGACCCUCGUUUUGAUGCCGUUAAUGUCAUAGUUCUUGCUUUUCAGGAAGACAAUGAUUCCAAGCUAAAUGUUUACGUGCUUUUGCGAAGCAAUACUGAACAGGAUCAAAGUAAUCCUGAUGGAAUAUCAGAUUGCAAAGUGUUCGCUUGUUCUGAGGAGAAGCUAUUCAGCCACUUCAUGAAUAUUAUUCGUUCCAUUGAUCCAGAUAUAUUGAUGGGUUGGGAUAUUCAAGGUAGUUCCCUUGGCUACCUGGCUGAAAGAGCGAUGCAUCUUGGCAUCAGUUUGCUUAUUGGCAUAUCGCGCACACCAACCGAAACGAAGGUUGCUGCCAGAGAGUCAGGUGUGUCUGACACAGGAAUGUUGGAUAAUUUGCUUCCAGAACCUUUGGUUUCUGAUUCUAUUCAACUUGGAGAUCUAAUAAUUGAUGACGAAUGGGGUCGGACCCAUGCAAGUGGUGUCCAUGUUGGUGGUAGGGUUGUCCUCAACGUUUGGCGACUGAUGCGCGGUGAACUAAAGCUUAACAUGUACACAGUUGAAGCUGUAGCUGAAGCUGUUUUGAGGAGAAGAGUUCCAUAUAUUCAAUGUAAACUAUUGGCAAGAUGGUUUUCAAGCGGUCCAGGGCGAGCAAGGUACCGAUGCAUUGAAUAUGUUGUGGAUAGAGCGAAGCUGAAUCUUGAGAUAAUGAAUCAACUUGACAUGAUAAACCGAACGUCAGAACUUGCCCGUGUCUUUGGGAUUGACUUCUUCUCUGUUCUUUCUCGAGGUUCACAGUAUCGUGUUGAAUCUAUGCUUAUAAGAUUGGCGCGCACACAAAAUUAUGUUGCCAUUUCUCCUGGGAGCCAACAGGUCGCUUCUCAACCUGCAAUGGAAUGCUUACCCCUUGUAAUGGAGCCAGAAUCUGGUUUUUAUGCAGAUCCAGUUGUUGUUUUAGAUUUUCAAUCUCUUUAUCCGUCAAUGAUAAUUGCAUACAACCUCUGCUUCUGCACGUGCCUUGGAAAUGUGGUGCCUUCUAAGGCAAAUACCCUUGGCGUUAGUUCAUUUUCACCAGAUCUACAUGUGUUGCGAGAUCUGAAGCAGGAAAUUUUGCUCACUCCAAAUGGUGUUAUGUAUGUUCCUUCAAAGGUUCGCAAAGGCGUACUACCUCGCUUAUUGGAGGAAAUAUUAUCUACUAGGAUUAUGGUGAAACAAGCUAUGAAGAAGUUGGCCCCAUCACAGCAAGUUCUUCACAGGAUAUUUAAUGCAAGACAGCUUGCUUUGAAGCUAAUAGCGAAUGUGACAUACGGCUAUACGGCUGCCGGAUUUAGUGGACGUAUGCCUUGUGCAGAACUUGCAGAUAGUAUCGUUCAAUGUGGCCGUAGAACACUGGAAAAUGCUAUAUCCUUUGUAAAUUCCCAUGAUAGAUGGAAUGCUAAAGUCAUCUACGGUGAUACAGACAGUAUGUUUGUUCUCCUAAGAGGACGCACUAUGGAAGAAUCAUUUGAAAUAGGACGUGAGAUUGCAUCUGCAGUAACUGCGGCGAAUCCAAAUCCUGUCACAUUGAAAAUGGAGAAGGUCUAUCAUUCUUGUUUCCUCCUCACGAAGAAGCGCUACGUGGGUUACAGUUAUGAGAGCCCUGACCAAGUCAAACCCGUGUUCGAUGCUAAAGGUAUUGAGACGGUCCGCAGAGAUACAUGUGGAUCUGUAGCCAAGAUAAUGGAGCAGUCACUGAGGAUCUUUUUUGAAUGCAAAGAUAUAAAUCAGGUUAAAGCGUACUUGCUUCGUCAGUGGAAACGGAUUUUAUCUGGCAGGGUUUCUCUUCAGGAUUUUGUGUUUGCCAAGGAGGUUCGAUUAGGUACCUACAGCACGAGGGCUUCCUCAUCACUCCCACCCGCUGCAAUUGUGGCAGCUAAAGCAAUGAGGACGGACCCUAGGGCAGAGCCACGGUAUGGAGAACGAAUAUCCUAUGUCGUAGUCCACGGUGAACCUGGGUCCCGCCUGGUUGAUAUGGUGGUGGACCCCUUGGACCUUCUGGCGAUCCAUUCCCCCUUUAGAUUGAACGAUAUUUAUUACAUUACGAAACAGAUAAUACCAGCAUUGCAGAGAGCUUUUGGACUUGUUGGAGUGGACUUGAACCAGUGGUUUUCAGAAAUGCCUCGCCUGGGACGGGAAUUUAUUGCUAAACAUCAGUUUUAUGCUCCGAAUGCUCAUCGAACUAGAAUUGAUUACUACUAUCUGUCGAAGCAUUGUAUCCUUUGUGGUGAGUUGGUCCAGGGUUCAGCCCACUUAUGUGGUCAAUGUUUAAAGAAUGAAGCUGCUGUUGCGAUAGCUAUUAUUGGAAGAACUUCAAAAUUGGAACAAGAGAUCCAACAUCUUGCUGCUAUUUGUCGGCAUUGUCGGGGUGGAGACUGGACCCUGGAAAGUGGUGUGCAGUGCACAUCACUGGCAUGCUCCGUCUUCUAUGAGAGGCGGAAAGUCCAGAAGGAACUACAGGCUCUUUCUACCGUUGCAACAGAGGCAGGUUUAUAUCCAAGAUGUAUGGUUGAGUGGUUCUGAGUUUACGAUGGUAACCCUCUGCACCGUAUCGUAACAUGAAUUGAGAAAUGGGUCCUCAGCUUUCCGUCUAUCCUCUUGAUGCGUACAGUGUUGUUGCCCCCGUUUCUUAUGGUGGCUUCCGGUUUUAAAGUGUUACUACCACACGUACGAGGAAGUAUUAUCCGCUAGAAUUAUGUUGAAGCAAGCAAUGUUGAAGUUGGUCCCCUUCGCAGCAAGUUUUUUCUCAAGGCAAAGGCAGCAGCCAUUUAAGCAAGACUGUAACGUAUGGCUAUACAGCUGCUGGAUUAGAGGUCACAUAACUUGUUAAGAGCGUGCCAGUAGUAUGAUUUAAGGCGACGUUCGAAGAUAUGAAAAUCCUACAUUCAUAAAUGCAAGAGAUAAGUGGAAGGCUAAAGCAUGACAGGGGCCAUUGUUGUUGUAGUGGAAAAAUGCUUGGGCUGUUGAAAGAGAAUGCAUGCUCGAAAAUGAGAGCAGGCACUUGGUUCUUGCUAUUUGCAUCAUGGAGCUAGGGAAUGGCCUCUGGAAGUGAGGUUGUGCAGAGACUGGCAUGCUUUGUUUUCUUUGAGAUGUCUCAAGUGCAGAAGCAAGUGCAGGCUCUUUCCACUUUGUAUCCAAGUUGCAUAAUUGCAUGGUUCCGAGAUGGUGCCCCAACUCAUCUUAUUAGAACAUGGAUUGAGAAAGAGGCGUGCUGGAUACCUAAUGGUUCCGCUACCCAGCCGCUUUUGCUGCUUAUUAUAUUGUUGUAUGUUAUCUGACUUCUAUUUAUGUGAUUACUUUCAAGGUUACGACAGUCAAGAUUUGGAUUAGGUGUUUCUCAAUCAUAUGGUUGUAUUUCUGGUCAUUCUAGAUGUUCUUUGUUUCAAUGGUCUUCUUUUUCUAUAUAACAUAUCAUGCUUGAUAUCCUGCCACAGAAAUAAUGGUUGAAGUUCCGUUUUAAAAGCAAGGGAAGCAAUUCCAGUGUCCUCAUUUUACA